AACGCAGCUGCUUUCUAGCACGAGCUGCAUCCCAUCAACACAGCUGCCUCAGAUUCGAACACACCAGUGUCAACACACCGAUACAGAGGAAGAACACACUGAAAACGGGCAUUUUAAUUAGUGGCAGCUUAAUCCCUUUUUAGAGGUUACGAAAGACUGGACCCCCCAAAAAACUGGACCUCUGCCUCUGUAUGGAACAUUCCCCCUUGCCUGAGGAAACAGGAGCCAAACCGGUAGGACGACCCACUCUGUGGAGCAACACAGCAGGCACACCACCAUGUUCAGCCUGAUCAAAAAGGACAAGGAGAAGGAUGGAGGGAAGAAGGAUAAGAAGGACAAGAAGGAGAGGAUGUCUGCGGCGGAGCUGCGCAGCCUGGAGGAGAUGAGCAUGAGGCGUGGCUUCUUCAACCUCAAGAGGGAGUCCAAGCGGGAUUCCAAGAACAAGCUGGAGAUCUCCAACCCCAUUCCCAUCAAGGUGGCCAGCAGCCACGAGCUCAGCCUCACUGACAUUGAGUCAGACGGCCUGAGCAACCGCAGUAGCAUGGUGCUGGACGCAGACGGCCUGAGCGCUGCCAGCUCCACCGACGACCUAAAGGGCGAUGGGGGUGGCUGUCUGGACAAGGACCGGGGCUCGGUGCGAGACCGCGUGGCCCACUUUGGCUCAAUGGCCAAGCACAACUCCUCUCAGGUCAUGAAGCGUUUCUCCUUCUCUCAGAGGAGCAAAGAGGACAGCCCCUCAGAGACCUCCACGCCCUCGGGACAGAACUCAGCCACUCCGUCCCCGCAGGUGGAGAACAAGGUGUUCGAACCGCAGCACAAGCACAGCCUCCAGCAGCCGGGGCCGGGGGUCGGGCCAGCACCUUGGCCAGUACCGGUCAAGAAGGCCCGCAUCCCUGAGGUGGUGGACAAGACCUUCCCUGCUGACCUGAGGCUCCCAGCCGUCAUCCCUCCACAGUCUCCGGAGCCGCGGGAGCUGGAGCUCCAGCGCCGUAACACGGGCGACUUCGGUUUCUCCCUGCGCCGCACCACCAUGUUGGACCGCGGGGCCGACGGAGGGGUCUACCGGAGGGUGGUGCACUUCGCCGAGCCCGGGGCCGGCACUAAGGACCUGGCCCUGGGGCUGGUGCCGGGAGACCGUCUGGUGGAGAUCAACGGGGGAAACGUGGAGAACAAGACCAGGGACGAGAUUGUGGAGAUGAUCCGUCAGUCUGGGGACACGGUGAGGCUGAAGGUGCAGCCCAUCCUGGAGCUGAGUGAGCUGAGCCGCUGCUGGCUGAGGAACACAGACGGCCAGCGACGGGAGGCCUUGGAUGUGAAGACAGAGGAGCAGAUAGCCGCAGAGCAGGCAUGGUACGGCUCAGAGAAGGUCUGGCUGGUCCACAAGGAUGGCUUCUCCCUGGCGACGCUGCUGAAGACGGAGGCAGGAUCUCUGCCGGAGGGGAAGGUGAAGAUCAAACUGGAACAUGAUGGGACAGUACUGGACGUAGAUGACGAUGACGUGGAGAAGGCGAACCCCCCGUCGUUUGACCGCUCUGAGGACCUGGCCUUGCUGCAGUACCUCAAUGAGUCCAGUGUGAUGCACUCCCUGCGGCAGCGCUAUGGGGGAAACCUCAUCCACACACAUGCCGGGCCCAACAUGAUCAUCAUCAAUCCCCUCAGCGCUCCCUCCAUGUACUCUGAGAAGGUGAUGCACAUGUUUAAGGGUUGCAGGAGAGAGGACACGGCACCUCACAUCUACGCAGUGGCUCAGUCGGCCUACAGGAACCUGUUGACCACGCGUCAGGACCAGUCCAUCGUGCUGCUGGGGAAAAGCGGCAGCGGCAAGACCACCAACUGUCAACACCUGGUCCAGUACCUGGUCUCCAUUGCUGGCAGCACCGGAAAGAUAUUCUCUGGGGAGAAGUGGCAGGCAGUAUUUACCAUCCUGGAAGCAUUUGGAAACAGCUCCACCUCCAUGAACACCAACGCUAGCCGCUUCUCUCAGAUUGUCUCUCUGGACUUCGACCAGGCUGGCCAGGUGGCUUCCGCAUCCAUACAGACCAUGCUGCUUGAGAAGCUGAGAGUGACCAAACGGCCGGAGACUGAGUCCACCUUCAACAUCUUCUACUACAUGAUGUCCGGAGCUGACAGCACUCUCAGAACGGAGCUGCACUUUAACCACUUUGCAGAGAACAGCGCCUUCGAAAUUGUGCCUCAGUCUAAACUGGAGGACAAACAGAAGUCGUCUCAGCAGUUCACCAAGCUGCAGGCAGCCAUGAAGGUGCUGGGCAUCUCAGUGGAGGAGCAGAGGGCUCUGUGGCUCAUCCUGGGGGCCAUCUACCACCUGGGGGCCGCAGGGGCCACCAAAGCUGGCCGUAAGCAGUUUGCCCGUCAUGAGUGGGCCCAGAAGGCAGCCUACCUGCUGGGCUGCACCCUGGAGGAGCUCUCCUCUUCCACCUUCAAGCACCAGGUCAAGGGUGCCCUGCAGAGGUCCACCUCCUUCCGCGGGGGGCCCGACGAGGCCGGGGCAGGAGACAGCUCAGUCUCUAAGAUCACAGCCCUGGAUUGUCUGGAGGCCAUGGCUUCAGGCCUGUACUCAGAGCUCUUCACCCUCGUUAUCUCCCUCGUUAACAGAGCUCUGAAGUCCAGUCAGCACUCUCUGUGCUCUCUGCUCAUCGUGGACACACCGGGUUUCCAGAACCCUCGCAUGGCCAAGCGCCAGCGCGGUGCCACCUUCGAGGAGCUGUGCCACAACUACGCCCAGGAACGCCUGCAGACCCUGUUCCACGAACGCACCUUUGUACAGGAGCUGGAAAGAUAUAAGGAGGAAAACAUAGAGCUUGCAUUAGAUGACAUAGGGUCCAGUACCUCAAUGUCGGUAGCAGCUAUAGACCAAGCAUCAACCCAAGCGCUGGUGCGCACCCUGGCGAGGACAGAUGAAGCUCGUGGUCUGCUGUGGCUGAUGGAGGAGGAGGCUGUGCAGCCAGGGGGCUCUGAGGACACUCUGCUGGAGAGACUCUUCAGCUACUAUGGCCCCGACCAGGGGGACAACAAGGGACACGCCCUGCUCCUGAAGAGCGACAAGCCACAUCACUUCCUGUUGGGCCACAGCCACGGGACGGACUGGGUGGAGUACGAUGCUCAGGGUUGGCUGAGCCACGCCAGGCAGAACCCCGCCUCCCAGAAUGCUGCCACUCUGCUGCAGGACUCACAGAAGAAGAACAUCAGCAGUCUGUUCUCUAGUCGUAGUGGAGGGCCCACAGUGCUGUCUGGCUCCAUCGCAGGGCUAGAGGGGGGAUCUCAGCUGGCCCUCCGCAGAGCCACUAGCAUGAGGAAGACCUUCACCACCGGCAUGGCCGCUGUCAAGAAGAGGAGCCUCUGUAUCCAGAUCAAACUGCAAGUGGAUGCUCUGCUGGACACGGUGCGCAGGUCCAGGGUUCACUUUGUCCACUGCCUGCUGCCCAAGGCAGACGCGGUGGGAGUUGGCAUGGAGCCGCGUGUGGCCCACGGAGAGAGCUGCGACUCAGGCCUCAUGCAGCUGGAUGUGGGCCUCCUGAGGGCUCAGCUCCGUGGAUCUAAGCUUAUCGACGCCUUGCGCAUCUACAGACAAGGAUACCCUGAUCACAUGGUGUUCUCCGAGUUCCGACGGCGCUUUGACGUGCUGGCGCCCCACCUGACCAAAAAGCACGGACUUCACUACAUGGUCACAGACGAGAAGAGGGCUGUGGAGGAGCUGUUGGAGUCUCUGGACUUGGAAAACAGCAGUUACCACAUGGGCCUGAGCAGGGUGUUCUUCAGAGCGGGGACCCUGGCCAAACUGGAGGAGCAGAGAGAUGUCCAGACCAGAAGCAACAUCACCAUGUUCCAGGCUGCCUGCAGAGGAUACCUGGCCAGACAGGCUUUCAAGAAGAGGAAGAUCCAGGACCUGGCUAUCCGCUGUAUCCAGAAGAACAUCAAGAAGAACAAGGGAGUGAAGGGCUGGCCCUGGUGGAAGGUGUUCACCACAGUACGCCCCCUUAUAGAGGUCCAGCUCACAGAGGAGCAGAUACGUGGCAAAGACGAGGAGAUCCAGCAGCUGAAAGGGAGGCUGGAGAAGGUGGACAAGGAGAGGAACGAGCUGAGACUCAACAGUGACCGCCUGGAGAGCAGGAUCACAGAGCUGUCGUCGGAGCUGGCAGACGAGAGGAACACAGGAGAGUCGGCCUCUCAGCUGCUGGAGUCCGAGACCUCAGAGAGACUGAGACUGGAGAAAGACAUGAAGGACCUGCAGACUAAGUUUGACUCGAUGAAGAAGUCUAUGGACUCUAUGGAGAUGGAGGUGAUGGAGACCAGACUCCUCAGAGCCUCUGAGCUCAAUGGAGAGAUGGACGAUGACGACACAGGGGGAGAGUGGAGACUGAAGUAUGAGAGGGCCAUCAGAGAGAUCGAGUUCACCAAGAAGAGGCUCCAGCAGGAGUUUAAUGACAAGCUGGAGAUGGAGCAGCAGAACAAACGGCAGCUGGAGAGGAGGCUAAGUGACCUCCAAGCAGACAGUGAGGAGGUGCAGCGUACGGCCCAGCAGCUGAAGAAGAAGUGUCAGAGAUUGACGGCUGAGCUACAGGACACCAAGCUACACCUGGAGGGCCAGCAGAGCCGCAACCAUGACCUGGAGAAGAAACAGAGGAAGUUUGACUCGGAGCAGAACCUGUCUCAGGAGGAGGUCCAGAGGGAGAAGAAUCUUAGAGAGAAGCUGAGCAGAGAGAAGGACAUGCUGACUGGAGAAGUGUUCAGCCUGCGACAGCAACUGGAGGACAAGGACCUGGAGAUGUGUGCACAGAACGUGAAGUUAGAACAGCUGGAGGCGGAGCUGCUGGACCUGUCGUCCCAGGAGACCAAGGACGAGGCAUCACUGUCCAAAGUGAAGAAGACGAUGCGUGACCUGGAGGCCAAGGUCAAAGACCAGGAAGAGGAGCUGGAUGAACAGGCCGGAACUAUACAGAUGCUGGAGCAGGCUAAGCUGCGUCUGGAGAUGGAAACAGAGAGACUGCGCCAGACACACUCCAAGGAGAUUGAGAGUAAAGACGAGGAGGUGGAGGAGAUCAGACAGUCCUGCAGUAAGAAGCUGAAGCAGAUAGAAGUCAGGCUGGAGGAGGAGUAUGAUGACAAACAGAAGGUCUUGCGUGAGAGGAGAGAACUGGAGACCAAGCUGCUGUCUUCCCAGGACCAGGUGAACCCCAGAGACGUGGAGACAGAGAAGAGACUGAGGAAGGAUCUGAAGCGAACCAAGGCCCUGCUGGCCGACGCCCAGAUCAUGCUGGACCACAUGAAGAACAACGCCCCCAGCAAGAGAGAGAUCGCCCAGCUCAAAAACCAGCUGGAGGAGUCAGAGUUCACCUGUGCGGCAGCAGUGAAGGCCCGUAAGUCUAUGGAGGUGGAGAUUGAGGACUUGCAUGUGCAGAUGGACGACAUCUCCAAAGCCAAACAGGCUCUGGAAGAGCAGUUGAGCAGGCUGCUGAGGGAGAAGAAUGAUCUGCAGUCUCGUAUGGAGGAGGACCAGGAGGAUAUGAACGAGCUCAUGAAGAAACACAAGUCAGCUGUCGUCCAGUCGACCCAGAACCUAGCCCAGAUCUCUGACCUACAAGCCCAGCUGGAGGAGGCCCUCAAGGAGAAGCAGGAUGUGCAGGAGAAGCUCUCGGCACUGCAGAGCCAGCUGGAGUUCCAGGAGACGUCUAUGGUGGAGAAGUCCCUGGUCAGCAGGCAGGAGGCCAAGAUCCGAGAGAUGGAGACCAGGAUGGAGUUUGAGAAAACACAGGUCAAACGCUUGGAGAGCCUGGUGGCCCGUCUGAAGGAGAACCUUGAGAAGCUAACAGAGGAGCGGGAUCACCGCAGCACCAGCGAGACACGGGAGAAGGAGCAGAACAAGCGGCUCCAGAGACAGAUCAGAGAUAUCAAGGAGGAGAUGGGAGAGCUGGCCAAGAAGGAGGGAGAGGCCAGCCGCAAGAAACAUGAGCUGGAAAUGGAUAUUGAAAGCUUUGAGGCAGCCAAUCAGAGCCUGCAGGCGGACCUUAAACUAGCCUUUAAGAGGAUUGGUGACCUCCAGGCCGCCAUCGAGGACGAGAUGGAGAGUGACGGCAACGAGGACCUCAUCAGCAGUUUACAAGACAUGGUGACAAAGUAUCAGAAAAGAAGGAACAAAACUGAGGGAAACUCAUCUGACUCAGAGAUUGAAGACUGUGUGGACGGGGUCAAGUCCUGGCUGUCCAAAAACAAGCGAUCUACCAAGAACCUCUCAGAUGACGGCAGCCUCAAGAGCUCCAGUCCCCCUAGCCGAAGACGUUUCUGCUUGGACAAAUCUGACGAAGAAGAGGAGGAAGAACAAAAAGAAGGUGGUGCGUCUCGAGGGUCCUACCGCUCCAGAUAUACACGUGGCAGCUACCUGAACAACAGUGACAGUGAAGACAAGCCCUCUGAGACAACGUAGUUAACACACACACCAGCUAACACACGCUGCAUGUUGAGAGGGCCCCAGUGGUGCACGAUUGGACACACUGUGCUGUUAUCACACACGUGCACACACUCACAACUACUCUGUUCUUCUAACCCUGCAACAUGGCAAUGAUACUAUGACUGUCAUUAUUAUUCUACUGUUACAAAACAGCUUGCAUUGCUAAGGUCUAGAGAAGGUGCCAUAGUACGUCAGUGUACAGUACACAACACCAAUGGUUUCUCUCGCUCUCCACUGGGCCAACCCUGUCUUAAUGUAUUUCACCAGUCACAUGUGACUGUGUGUCUCCAUCUUGGAUCUGGCCCCUCCAGUUGAACAGCACCUCCAUUAAUAAUGACUUGUCUUUCUUGUCUCUGCUAGCUGCAUGAGGACAGCUGCUGCUUGGCUAGAGCCAUCGUCUCCUCCUUCCUAGAUUUUAUCAUGAUCAUGGUUGUAACUGAGCCAAGGAACUGUAGCUAUGUUCCCUGAUGUUUUAUCACUGCAUUGGGAGACAAGAAAGAAAAGAAAAAAAGAAAAAAAGAGGGAGAAAAUAAAUACCAAAAGCCUUUGUUGCAACUAGGUGUGUACACUGUGUUAUUUCUUAUUUGCUCGUCCUGGUAAAAAAGACCAGAGUUUAUUUUUGGGAGAAGUGCUGUUGAUAUAAGUAGGGUCCUCUACAGCUGUGCUUAGAUUCUGUCUGCAGUGCCACGCUGCGCCACACCGAACAAAGACGCUUUCAUCGGCUCAUCUGCUUGUUUUUUAUUACUUGUUUUUGCAGGAUAAUAAUGUUUCCUAACAGGAAGACAACAGAAGAGAGCUGCAGCACCAAACUGCUUGUGAUGAAAGUUUAGUCCUUUCUCUUCUUUUUUAAAUCUUUUUGUUUUGAUGUUUGAAAUAAAAUUAGAAUUUGUUUUCAAGAGUGCUGCCAUCAAGAACAUGAUUUCCAGGAGGUUUGAGUGUAGUGUACCCUAUGAAAUGCUUUGUCUCAUUUUAUUUCAACUUGAAUUGAACUAAGUACUUUGCAGAAAUGCUUUUGGGGGAGGGUCUUUGGCUCAGCUGUUUUUUUUUCUCUGUCAUUGUGGUUGUUCUUAUGCUUUUCACUUGUUUUCUUCUCUCCAUUUGAUGUGCUUUGCUUUCCAAAGGGAAUGAUAUUCAACACCAUGCUUUAUGGUGGUUUGCCUUUAGUUUAUAUCUCCUUCAACACCCACGUUUUGACCAUACCAUACUGGAUUACACAUGGUGAGGAUUAGGUGUCCUCAACCAGCAUGUUAAAUCCACCACUCUGUAAACUGGAUAUAAUGCAUUCAAAUCCUUUUCAGUGUUUCUGAAGCCUAUUUGUCAUGUAGGAUUCAUCAGUAUUCUGUCCUGAACCAAUGCUACCCUUUAUAACAGCGCAACAGUUUAACCAGGAAGAUAUUAAAGACCCACGCUUUUACAGUUGCUUGGUGUUACAAUGAACCCUUCGGCUGUCUCUUUAGUAUUUAUGAAUUAGCAUUAAUGAAUUUAGCAGGCCUGCCAAAAUGUGUAUUAUCCAUCUGUACAUGGCAAGUGGGGCCGAAACGAUUUUGUUGAUACUCUGCGUGAAGGGAUAAGUUUGGUGUGAUUGUAUUACACAUGAUUUUUAAAGACACUCGUCUAUCACAUCCCCUUGUUCUCUAUGCCAGGGUUUCCCAAACUCGGUCCUGCCCCUGUGCCGGGUGCAUGUUUUGGUUUUUGCCCUAGCACUACACAGCGGAUUCAAAUAACCAAAGCUUGAUGAUGAGUUGGUUAUUUGAAUCCACUGUGUAGUGCAUGGGCAAAAACCUAAACCAGGACCGAGUUUGGGAAACCCUGCUCUAUGCAGUCAACGUGACUUUUAAAAGGAAUUUUAAACUGUUUUAUGAUGUCGUUGUAUGAUACUCUUAAACCUGAGUCAUCAUAAAACACCUGGGGGAAAAAAUGAAAACAAAGAAAUUAGUGAACAUAACAUUGCUGACUGUACACAUUAAUAUUUAUAUAUAUAAAUAUCUGUAUUGAUUCAUAUUAGCUUUCAAAAUAGCUCAUGUUUAUUUUCGUUAUUGAACAAAAUGACCACUUGUUAUAAGUAAUAAUUUUGCAUUACAGUUUAAUAUAUUGUAAAUAAAUGACGACUCCAGACUGU